CCACAAUAAAUUAAAAACAAAAAAGCAUUCACUGUCACUUCAUCCCCUUUCUAAUACCAGCCAACAACAACAACAACAAAAAGCAUAAAAAAAAAAACGCUUAAAACCACAGUUUGAGCAAAAAAAUUUGUCUCUUCUUUCAACCCUUCAUUUUUCUGGGUAUGAAUGUAUAGUUUUUCAUACACAACAAUGUUGGGUUUGGGUUUUCCUCAAAAUUUGUCAAUGCUGUUGUUUUUUGUUCUUUUUUACAGUCUUUUUACAACUAGUUCUUCUUCAGAUCUGAAUUCUGACCGUGACGCGCUACUCGCGCUACGCGCCGCCGUGGGUGGCCGUACUUAUUUAUGGAACACAACUAAUACAACACCAUGUAAAUGGGCUGGUAUUUCAUGUGAAAAUAACCGUGUUACUGUUCUCAGGUUACCGGCAUCUUCACUUAUCGGUAACCUUCCGGUUAACACCAUUUCAAACUUAACUAAGCUCCGUACAAUUAGUCUCCGGUUUAACCGGUUAUCUGGUUCACUUCCUUCUGAUUUUUCUAAACUUACUGAGCUACGUAAUCUUUACCUUCAGGAAAAUAACUUUACCGGUGAUAUUCCGUCUUCUUUUUUUACCCUUCAUUUUAUGGUACGUUUAGAUCUUAGUAACAACAAUUUUACUGGUGAGAUACCAACCGGGUUUAACAAUUUGACCCGUUUGAGAACACUUAUGCUUGAAAAAAACCAGUUUUCCGGGUCAGUUCCUGAGCUAAAGUUACCAAAACUUGUGCAAUUUAAUGUAUCUGGUAAUAGUUUAAAUGGGUCUAUUCCAAAGAGUUUAGAAAGUAUGCCUGUUGAUUCUUUUUCUGGAAAUUCACUUUGUGGGAAACCACUUGAAAUUUGUCCUGGAAAUGGGACUCAACCUGCUAUAGCUACUGGUGGUAUUGAAAUUGGAAAUGGAUCACAUAAGAAAAAGAAGUUAUCUGGUGGUGCAAUUGCUGGUAUUGUUAUUGGAUCUAUAGUGGGGUUUGUUUUAUUGUUGUUGAUUUUGUUUGUGUUGUGUAGAAAGAGGACUGGUAACAACAAUGCUAGGUCUGUUGACGUGGCAACGUAUAAGCACCCGGAAACUGAGGUUUCUAGGGAUAAGCCGAGCAAUGUGGAUCCUGAAAAUGGCGGUGGGAAUAACGGGUAUUCAGUGGCGGCUGCUGCUGCUGCUGCAAUGACGGGUAAAGGGGGGGAGAGUGGUGGAAAUGUGGUUAAAAAGUUGAUCUUUUUCGGGAAUUCUGCGAGGGUUUUCGAUUUGGAGGAUUUGUUGAGAGCUUCAGCUGAGGUUUUAGGGAAAGGGACGUUUGGAACUGCGUAUAAGGCGGUUUUGGAGAUGGGGACUGUUGUAGCUGUUAAGAGGUUGAAGGAUGUGACUAUAUCUGAGAUGGAGUUUAGGGAGAAGAUUGAUGCUGUUGGAGCAAUGAAUAAUGAGAAUUUGGUGCCUCUUAGGGCAUAUUAUUAUAGCAGGGAGGAGAAACUUCUUGUCUAUGAUUAUAUGCCAAUGGGAAGCUUGUCUGCACUUCUUCAUGGAAACAAGGGGGCUGGGAGGACACCACUGGAUUGGGAAGUCAGGUCAAGCAUUGCCCUUGGUACUGCUCGGGGCGUUGAAUACCUACACUCUCAAGGUCCAAGUGUCUCCCAUGGGAACAUUAAAUCAUCCAAUGUUCUCCUCACCAAAUCAUACGAUGCACGGGUCUCAGAUUUUGGUUUAGCGCAGCUGGUUGGACCUCCAACUUCCCCGACUCGAGUUGCUGGAUAUCGUGCUCCAGAGGUAACGGACCCACGCAAAGUUUCCCAAAAGGCAGAUGUAUAUAGCUUUGGUGUAUUGCUUCUUGAGCUUCUCACUGGGAAGGCACCCACUCAUGCCCUCCUGAAUGAGGAAGGUGUUGACUUGCCAAGGUGGGUCCAGUCCAUCGUUAAAGAGCAAUGGACUUCAGAAGUUUUUGAUAUCGAGCUCCUCAGGUACCAGAGUGUCGAGGAAGAAAUGGUGCAACUUUUGCAGCUUGCAAUAGAUUGUGCGGCUCAAUAUCCUGACCACAGACCUUCGAUGUCCGAGGUCUGUGAGCGGAUUCAAGAGCUCCGUCGCUCAAGCGUCGGGAUUACUCAAGAACCAUCUGAUCUUGUCGAUGAAUCUGAUUGAGGUGGUACUUAGUCCUUUACAUGUGCAGUACUUGAACUAAAGAAGCACCAUUUGAUGAGCAUAUUAAACUUUCAUGUUAUCUGUUGGUUAGUAAAGCCUUAUCUUCUUUCAUUUAAAUUUAACAAUUUAUGCCCCUUCCUUUUCCUAGUUCUCCAAUUAGUAGCCCUUCACAUUUUCCUUUGUGGGGGGCCAAUCUCUGUACCAUUUGUUCUUGUUGGGUGGAUAAUGGUUUCUGUAAUUAUUACUUUCAUCCUUUCCUUGGCUUUUACUUCAA